AGUCCCGCAAGCUCGGCUCGGAGCUGCGAGAGGCGCGGAUCGCAGGGUCAGGAGCCCGCGGGGCGCGCGGUGUCAGUGGGGCUGGGACUCUGGGGUGGAGCCGAGCCCGGCAAAUGGGCGCAUGAGGAAGAAGAGCGGGGAAAUGGACUGCUAUCUGCGCCGCCUCAAACAGGAGCUGAUGUCCAUGAAGGAGGUGGGCGACGGCCUGCAGGAUCAGAUGAACUGCAUGAUGGGGGCGCUGCAGGAACUGAAGCUCCUCCAGGUGCAGACAGCCCUGGAACAGCUGGACAUCUCUGGGGGGGCUCCUGCCCCAGGCCGCCCUGCAAGCCCCCGGACACAGCUGGAGCCCCCUCAGUGGGAGGGUGGCAGAGGUCCCGCCAGGCCUGCUGGCCCCUCCCCCUCCAGCCAAGCUUCUCAUGGGAGCAGCGCCAGGUGCCCGUCCCACAGGAGUGUGUGGGGUGGGGAGCCAGCACUCGGACCCAGGACCCAGCCGCCAGAGCUCCAAGGCUGUGCCGAGCAGAGGCCGGAGCUGGUGGAGCCGGAUGACUGGACCUCCACCUUGAUGUCCCGGGGCCGGAAUCGUCAGCCUCUGGUGAUGGGGGACAACGUGUUUGCGGACCUGGUGGGCAACUGGCUGGACUUGCCGGAACUGGAGAAGGGCGGGGAGAAGGGGGAGCCUAGGGAGGCGGGGGAGCCCCAGGGAGAGAGGGGCCAGCCCCGGGAGCUGGGCCGCAGGUUCGCCCUGACCGCCAACAUCUUCCGGAAAUUCCUGCGGAGCGUACGGCCUGACCGCGACCGGCUGCUGAAGGAGAAGCCAGGCUGGGUGACCCCCUCGGCCUCAGAGCCCCGAGCCGGACGCUCGCAGAGAGUCAAGAAGCGGGGCCAUCCCAAGGGUCCGGGGCGCCUGCCCUUCCCGGGCGCGGGGGAGCCCAGGCGAGGGGAGGGCACCUCCACGGGCUGCCCCAAGGCCCUGGAAGCCGCGCCCUCCGGCUUUGAUAUCAACACCGCUGUUUGGGUCUGAAUCCCGAUGCAGAAAGCGGACUGAACCCUGAACCCUGCGGGGCCCCGGGGAGGAGGCAGCGGCUGGCCUGGCUUUCAAAAGCCCAACUCCAGGUUCCUUUUCCCCAGAAAGGAGAGGAGGCCAGGCGGCCUGUGGUGGGAGAGGCAGUGACGGCUGGCUGGUAGGGGAGGCGGGGGUGUGUGUGUGUUGCUCAUUCUGGGCUGGAGCGGGGUGAAGGGGGAAAACAGAAAAUCCUUCUGACCUUCCUCACUGCCCCCAAAGACCCCAGUUGAACAUUCUACAGGGACUAGGGCACCAGGGCCUCAGGUUCCUCAGAGAAGCCCCCAAUAAAGACUUCAUCUCUCAUGUCCCCAUAACUGUUUGCUUCCCUGGCAAACCACUGCUCCUGGCACAGGUAUUAACCCUGAGCCUCCUGGGAGUGGGGGCAGCAGAGACAAACCCCCACCCCUCCUGCACCUGCUGCCUUGAGAUGUCAGCUGGCACCGGAUCCGAAAUGGCUGGGUAGGCAGUGCAGGCAUAAGGAACACUGGGGGAAGCCCUUGUCUUUCCAAAUCCCAGGAAAGGGAAUACUUGCAGCACCUAGAGGCACUGGGAAGCCUUUUCACACCCAUUAUCCCCUGUGCUAGUGAGCAAGUAGGCAGCUAUCUCCCCCACCGCCCACAGGAGGCGCUACCUGUCCUAGGACACACCGGCGGGGCCCAGACCAGGGCUGAUGGAGAGCAGCUGGGCCCUGGAGUCACACCGCUCCCCCCAACACCGUCUCAAGCCCUGCACCCCCACCAGGGCGUGUACACUCUCCAGCGAGGCCAUGUGAGCCCAGAUGGUACAAACACUUCCAAAUCCCUAGCUCCAUCUCUGGCCUCUUCCCACCUGACCCAGAACCACCUUGAGGGGAAGGGAGGGCCCUGGGCAGCAGCUCAGCUUCUGCAGCCGUGGUGGUGGCACGUGGCCCAAGAGCAAUGCCACCCCAGCCACCCCUUGGAAGCCACAGCCCGCCUACUCUGGCCCGGAAAGCCUGCUGGCUGGGAACGGACAAUGCAGGUCCCUGUUAGGGCCCAGCCAGCCUGGGAGGGCACACUCUCCCUCCCCCUCGCCCCUCCCGCCUCAUCUGCCUGAUGGGAGGUGACAGCUGCAAUUAGAGGCAAGAGGCCUUCCUGCCCUCAGAGCAUUAAUAGCAAAUUGGAGAAGAAAAACAAGAAAGGCUCUUGGCACAUCACAUCCCAUCCCAGGCCCCCAGGGAGGAGAUGGGGGGAGGCUUACAGUGAGCAGCUCCAUAGGGCUGGUUAGGGUCACUCCCAGAUUCCCACACAAUCAGAUGGUAGGUGUGUAGUUCUGGAUGGUGGAAGCUACAAGAGGAAAGGCCCAGAUUGGUGGUGGUUGUUUUUUUGUUUUUUGAGAGCCCCCUAUUUGCAGGCAGCAUGCACAUCUUUCAAACUUGGGAAUGCCUCUAAAAGGCACUGUCAUCCUCUGAGCAAAUGGAAGCAGCAGGACUGGAAGCAGAGGGUCGUCUGGCUCUGAGACCGACUCUUCCGCUCUCUCCGGCGUUGGCCAACGCAGCUCGCCCUGCCUGGAGGAGCUGCCCUGUCGGCCUGAGGAAGAGACCUACCUGGUUCAGCUGUGCCCACCCCAGCCCCCUGCUCCCGGGUCUCCCCCAGGACUCGGGUGUUUCGGCCCUGAGGGAAGGCCCACAGACUGGACUGCCUUUGGUGGUGUGUGUGAGUCCAAAGAUUCCACCUACUGGUUCCCUGAAUCCUGAGAGGAGAAGCCAUCCAGCAAAUGACUCAAGAAGGCACCAGAUCCGAGUCAGGAGCAACUACAGGAAACUGAGUCACCUCUCCGCCAUUCACAGGUGACUCCUCUGUUCUGUGGACCAGUCACAGCGAUUCAGACCAAUCAAACCGUGUGAGUGCCUCCCACUGCCAGGCACUGCGACAGAAACGAAGAACAGAGCAAUGGAAAGGACCCAGUUCCUGAUCAGAGGGGAGAGACAACACGAACCCACCGGUGAGCCAGGAUUCAAGGGAAACAACACCCCUUUUAACUUGGCGGGGUGGACAAACCAACCAGGAGUGCCUCCGCUGCGACAUCACAGGUGUCGCACCAGCAUCUUCAGGUUAUUUCCUCCACACCACACCCUGGAAGCGGCUGCUGUGACUCGUUUCACAGGGAGAGGCUCGGAGAUGGGAACUGGCCAGGGUCUCAGCGGCAGAGCUGAGACUGGAACAGGUCCAGCCCUGUGCUCCUCACACUUCCCACAAGCUGCCACCUCUGCCCCAAAGCCAAGCCAAAACCUGUCCUCUCAGGAUCCAGGCCUGGAGGUGAACAGAACGCUGACUUGGGUGGGGAAAUCUGCCCAGGUCUUGACAGGGCUGGUGUGAUGCCUCCUUGCUAUGUUCGGCUUUGCUAAUGAAAGCUUAUGGCCCAUU